AUGGCAUCUGAUGAUAUCCAGUAUACUCCAGGAUUCGGUUAUAAGGACCUCGUAGCUUGCGGGAGCACUGGUCUCGUCGUGCUUGAUUCGGCGACCCAAACAGUCAUCAAAACACCCGUCGGCCCAGAGAACAGCGCUCACAUCCAGAGGGAACGACAGAUCUACGAGAGACUCACCGAACGAGGACAACAUCAGGGCGUACUGUCAUAUCAUGGCGAGGUCGAAGGGGGUGGAAUUCGCUUUGAAUUUGCCCCCAAAUUCGAUCUACAGUCCUUCAUCCGCCGAGAGCAUGUUGAUACUAGUCUCCAUCUCCGCUGCAUGGUCCAGCUCGCUAAUGCUCUCGCUUUCAUCCACCGCGCCGGGAUCAUCUACGGUGAUUUCACGACCGCAAAUGUGUUCCUGGACGACAAACUGAACGCAAAGCUCGCGGAUUUUGCAGGAUCAUCCAUUGAUUCAUCUCCACUCCUCGUCGCGGUCACCACCAGCCACGAGUUCCCCGGAAACCUAUUGCCAGAACAGGGAGAUAUUUUUGCGUAUGGCUCAGCAAUGUACGAAGUUGUUACUGGGCAAAGACCGUAUGCCACGCUAAGUGAAGCGGAUAUCCCGCCGUUGUUCCAGAAUGGAGAGUUUCCAGAUGUUACCUCUCUAGGCAGCCUGGGAUAUAUUAUCCGGAACUGCUGGGAUGGUGGUUACAAGGACAGUCAAGCUUUGGUGAAGGAUCUUGAAGGUCUGACUGCAUAG